AUGCCUCGCCCUUUCCCAGAUGUGAACGAGUGUGAGAACGAGCCCUGCGGAGUCGGGAAGGGCGUCUGCAUGAACACCGGCGGCUCCUACAACUGUCACUGCAACCGGGGCUACCGGCUGCAAGUCACCCCCAGCGGCCGCUCCUGUGUGGACCUCAAUGAGUGUGUGAAGCCCCAUCUGUGCGGGGAUGGCGGCUUCUGCAUCAACUUCCCUGGGAACUACAAGUGUAGCUGCUACCCGGGCUAUCGGCCCAAGCCGUCCCGGCAGCCACUUUGCGAAGACAUCGAUGAGUGCCGGGACCCCAGCUCAUGCCCAGACAGCAAAUGCGAGAACAAACCCGGCAGCUUCAAGUGCAUCGCGUGUCAACCUGGAUACCGGAGUCAGGGGGGCGGGGCCUGCCGGGACGUGGAUGAAUGCGCUGAGGGCAGCCCCUGCCAGCCUGGCUGGUGUGAAAACCUCCCAGGCUCCUUCCGCUGCACAUGUGCCCAGGGCUAUGCACCCGCCCCAGAUGCCCGCAGCUGCCUGGAUGUGGACGAGUGUGAAGCCGGGAACGUGUGUGAGCAUGGUGUGUGCACCAACACCCCAGGCUCAUUCCAGUGCCAGUGUCUCACGGGCUACCACCUCUCCCGGGACCGGAGCCGCUGCGAGGACAUCGAUGAGUGUGACUUCCCAGCAGCCUGUAUUGGAGGUGACUGCAGCAAUACCAAUGGUUCCUACCGAUGCCUCUGUCCCCCAGGUCAUCGCCUGGUGGGUGGCAGGAAAUGCCAAGACAUAGACGAGUGUAGCCAGGACCCGGGGCUCUGUCUCCCCCAUGGCACCUGUGAGAACGUGCACGGCUCUUACGUGUGUGUCUGUGAUGAAGGCUUCACCCCGACGCACGACCAGCAUGGCUGUGAGGAGGCAGAGCAGCCCCACAACAAGAAGGAGUGCUACCUCAACUUUGAUGACACCAUCUUCUGCGACAGCGUCCUGGCCACUAAUGUCUCCCAGCAAGAGUGCUGCUGCUCCCUAGGCGCUGGCUGGGGGGACCACUGUGAGAUCUACCCCUGCCCUGUCUAUAGCUCAGCUGAAUUUCAUAGUCUCUGUCCGGAUGGGAAAGGUUAUAUCCAAGAGAACAACGUCAUCAACUAUGGCAUUCCAGCUCACCGGGACAUCGAUGAGUGUGUGCUCUUUGGGGAGGAGAUCUGCAAGGAAGGCAAGUGUGUCAACACACAGCCAGGCUACGAGUGUUACUGCAAACAAGGCUUCUACUACGAUGGCAACCUGCUGGAGUGUGUGGAUGUUGAUGAGUGUCUGGAUGAGUCCAAGUGCCGGAACGGUGUGUGUGAGAACACCCGAGGCGGCUACCGCUGCUCCUGUACCCCUCCAGCAGAGUACAACCCGGCCCAGCGCCUGUGUCUGAUCCCCGAAGAAAUGGACGUGGACGAGUGCCAGGACCCGGCAGCCUGCCAGCAUGGCCGCUGCAUUAACCUCCCCGGCUCCUUCCGCUGCGAGUGCCACCUGCCCUGGGUUCCAGGGCCCUCUGGACAGGACUGCCAGCUCCUGGAGAGCCCCGCAGACAGGCCCCAGGAGCGGAGGGACGUGUGCUGGGGCCAGCGAGGGGACGAUGGGAUGUGCGCGGGGCCCCUGGCCGGCCCUCUCCUGCCCUAUGAGGAGUGCUGCUGCCGCCAAGGCCGAGGCUGGGGUGCCCAGUGUCGGCCCUGCCCACCCCGGGGGCCAGGACUUCAGUGCCCGAACUCCCAGAGCGAAAGUAACUCUUUUUGGGACGUGAGCCCCCUGUUCCUGGGGAAGCCCCACCGAGAAGAGGACAGUUCCGAGGAGGACUCGGACGAGUGCCGCUGCGUGAGCGGCCGCUGCGUGGCGCGCCCGGGGGGCGCGGUGUGCGAGUGUCCCGGCGGCUUCCAGCUCGACGCUUCCCGCACGCGCUGCUUGGAUAUUGACGAGUGCCGCGAGCUGAACCAGCGGGGGCUGCUGUGCAAGAGCGAGCGCUGCGUCAACACGAGCGGCUCCUUCCGCUGCGCCUGCAAGGCCGGCUUCGUGCGCGUCCGGCCUCACGGGGCGUGCGUGCCCCAGCGCCGCCGCUGAGCCGCCCCGGCAGGCCCGCUGCCCGGUCUUGUACAUAGCGGCCCGGGGAGGCCAGGUACGAGCCGCCCCCUGACAUUCUGCGGCACCCGCCGAGGGACUCCUCCGGGGCCCAAAGGGACGUCCUGCCUGGAGCCGGCCCCUGCGGAGGGGCGUCUGACUGUGUGGACUCAGCCUGGCAUGGUCCAGCCGGCCCCUCGCAGGGCCAGGAACCUGCACCAGGCUCUUAGGAGAUUGUAUCUUAGUAACCGGGACCGGGACCCCCGCUUCCUGCCCGCCCGCCCGCCCCGGUGUCGAGGGAGCCCAGGAGCCCCGCCGAGAUAAAAUUCACCCGUGUUUACCCUUCUUUGUCCCGCAUGGUGGUGUUCUGGAAAGAGAAGCCAGUACUUUGGCCGAGGGGGCGGGAAGGGGGCAGUGGGAGCCCUGGGGCGGCACCUCCGGGGUGGUCUGGGAGCAUCAGCCCGAGGCCACUUCUUUCCCCAAGAGGGAAGAGGAGGCAGCCAGCUCCUCAGGUGCCCCCUCUGGGGUAGCUGGCACUCUGGUACCCCCCCAGGCACUCCGGCCCCUCAGAUGCCCCCUCUGGGGUAGCUGGCACUCCGGCCCCUUUGGUACCCCCCCAGGAGGCACUCUGGUCCCUCAGGUACCCCCCCAGGAGGCAGGAAGCAGCUGCCACAAUCUGGCACUCCCAGGACUUGAAAUAAAAUGUAUUCCGGC